GGCUUUGGGGAGCGAGGGAGGGCGCGGCCAACUCCCGGAGGGGACGGCGGGCGGCGAGAGCGGCGCCCCGGCCUGGCGCCGAGCCUGAGCCCGCCGGACGGGAGGCAGCCCCGCCGCGGGCUCGGCCCCGGCCCCAGCGCCGCCAGCAUGGCCGGCCGGACCGUACGGGCUGAGACCCGGAGCCGGGCCAAGGAUGACAUCAAGAAGGUGAUGGCGACCAUCGAGAAAGUCCGGCGAUGGGAGAAGCGUUGGGUGACUGUGGGCGACACUUCCCUUCGCAUCUUCAAGUGGGUGCCGGUGGUGGACCCCCAGGAGGAGGAGCGGCGGCGGGCAGGUGGCGGGGCAGAGCGAUCCCGUGGCCGAGAGCGGCGAGGCAGGGGUGCCAGUCCCCGAGGGGGCGGCCCGCUCAUCCUGCUAGAUCUCAAUGAUGAGAACAGCAACCAGAGCUUCCACUCGGAAGGCUCCCUGCACAAGGGUACCGAGCCCAGCCCCGGGGGCACCCCACAGCCCAGCCGCCCUGUGUCACCCGCCGGAGCCCCGGAAGGGGUCCCUGAGGAGGCUCAGCCCCCACGGCUGGGCCAAGAGAGAGAUCCCGGGGGCAUAACUGCAGGCAGCACGGACGAACCCCCCAUGCUGACCAAGGAGGAGCCGGUUCCAGAGCUGCUGGAGGCUGAGGAUUCGGGAGUGAGAAUGACAAGGAGAGCCCUCCAUGAGAAGGGCCUGAAGCCUGAGCCCCUCAGGAGGCUCCUGCCCCGGCGGGGCCUGCGGACAAACGCUCGGCCCACUUCGGUGCCCGAUACCCGAGCUCCCGGGGGAGGAAGCAAGGCCCCCAGGGCGCCAAGGACGAUCCCCCAGGGGAAAGGGAGGUGAGCGGGCUCCCCAGGCAAGCAGAGGCCCCAAGAUCCGGCCACCUGCCAUGCCCCAGGGCGGAACGGGCCUUCGGCUCCACACCCACCGCGGGAACGCCCCGGGCGAGCGGCUCUGCGGCUGCCUAGAACCCACUACGGUCACAGCACCCACCCCGCUCGCCACUGGCUCUCGCAGACAGCAGGCCCGCCGGCGCCCGCAAAGUGUGGGAAGGCCUCGGAGACGAACUCGGACCACACCCUGACUGCCUCGCUGCGAGGUUUCCCGCGCCUCCAGCGCAGGGGAGCAGGGACACCAGGCUGCCUUGCCCACCGCAAGCGCUGAGGAUGCGCGCCGUGCCGCAGCGUCCUCCACCCGCGCGAGAGGGCCGAGUCCUGUCAGCGCAACACCACAGGGUCCGCACUGGCGGAAGGUUUCCACAGCGCAAGGGUGCAGAAAAUGCUGACCUCGAGCCGCCUGCAUCACCUCACGACACCGACACGGCCUUUGCGGACGCCCAGGCAUGUGUCGAGGCCUGCGCAUGCGUCGAGGUCCGCGCGUGCGUCUAGGCCCGCGCAUGCGCGAGGCCCCGUGCGGCGUGUCUCCGUAGCCCCUUCGCAGGUGGGCCUCGCUAAUAGGCGUGUGGACCGGGUGACCUCCAGGGCGAGAGCGUGUGCAUCAGGAACUUAACACCAGGUGCCAACCUCACCAGGCAACCUGACAACCCCCGCAGGCAAGAGGCCUUUGAGCCCAGAUCCCCAUUUCGCACCCGGGACCCAUGUGGAGGGGAGAGACUUGUGGCGCAGCCCUGAGCCAGCCCAGCCUACCUGGAAAUCUCCACCGGGGCGAAUGAGCCAUUCGGUGGUUCCAAAGGGCUUUCACCCACCUCCCGCUUCCCGACUUCACUAGUGGGCGAGUCAUGCUCAGAGAUAGAAACGUGUCCUGUUUGUUGAGGGCUUACUGUGUGUCAGGCAUUGUGAUUUACGGGAAUUACUUAACCCUCACCGUAUCUCUGUGACAUAGAUAGUCUGGUUAUCAGCAUUUUACAGAUGGAGAAACUUAAGUUCCGGAGAGAUUAAGGGACCUGCCCCAAAUCGCACAGCGGGUAUGUUGCAGAACCAGCAUUAAGACCCAGGUCAGCUUGCCCUACUGUGCCACUUCUCGUGGGACACCGUGAGGUUCAGGCUGUGGGUUUGACAGGACAUCCAUUUUUCGCCAUUAUAUGCACCACUUUUUGGAUUAAAGUGAGUAGAUACUCCCUGGGAUGAGAGUUAGCAUGUGCACCAAUGAUUGAGAUGAACUCUCAUAAUUACAGCCAGUGCUUUAGGCUCCGCCUGUGGGUCCCUGGGAUAAUCUCCAGGCUGAUGAUGGUUAAGGAAGUUUUGCUCCAGGACCGGUUCCUGUGUGGAACCUUCCUUGAGGCCAAGGAAGAUGGUCUCUGGCCAUUUGUCAUCCCGCUGGGUUGCUUGGGAAGUUCAUCCAGUUCCUCCGGACUAAGGUUUCCAAAUUCCCAGUGGAUAGUAAUCUUCAGGAUUUGGGAAUGAAAAAUUGGGAUUCUUGAAAUCAUCUUUUUCUGUAUUUUUCAUAACUUUCUGAAUGUUUUUUGAAACGAGAAAUACACAUAUCACUUGUCAGCCUUUUGGCUAAAGACCAAAUGGCAGAAAUACAGUUACAAAGAUCUGUAGGCCACAGCAGAUUUUAAAAGCUGAGACAUUCCAGCAAACAUUAUUAGUUAAUUUUUUUUUAAGUUUAAAUCUUCAAUCAGAGUAGUAGCACUACACCAAGUUGAGUUGAAAUUGCCAACUUGAGGACUUGUUUCCAAAACAUGUUCUUUCUUGGGACAUCAUUCAGAGAAUUUAUAUAAAAUACACCAUGACUGUAAACACAUUAAUACUUACUUUCUGUUAACAGGCAUCCACGGCCAUGAAUUCACUUUAAUCUAUUCAACAACUACUAAAAAGCCUAACCAGAUUGGGACAUCUCUCCCACACCUGUACCAAGGUCCGGGAAUGCCUGUCUUAACUGUAGCCUCUGGGUUAGCAUUUCCUUCUGCUUUUCACUUGACAUCAGUGGAUUCCUUCAAACCAGGAAUGCUUCUGUGUUGAGUAUGAAGCAUUAGUUCUCGCAGGAGAAGGACGCUUUCUCUCAUUUUGUGUUUCUGGACUCAUUGGAAUUCAGCAACACAUACAUUUCCCACUAAACGCCGAGAGUAUUUCCUGCAUAGAAGCAGUACCAUGGAUUGAGCAAGACUGACAAAGCAGCUCGACUGCAGGUGUAUUACCCAGAGCAUGGUCAUGGUCAAGGGAAGACAUGGCCGCUUCCCAGUUUCAGGGGCCUCAGAGCCAGAGGAUCCAAGGAUCUACCAGAGCCUGGUUGUGAGACCUUGGGCAAGUCCCUUUCCCUCUCUCAGCAUCAGUGUAGUGGGUGGAAGAAUGUGUGUAAAUGCUCACUCUGGGAGGCAAAGGGUGAAGGGAGAAUGUGGCUUUGGCGUCAGUCGAAGGUCUGAUUCCUGGCUGCGUGACUUACUACCUCUUUGAUUUGGGGCAAGUUCUCACCACUCCAUUUUUUCUCUCUGUAAAAUGAGGUCACUGAUUCAACCUAUUUCACAGGGUUUUAGUGAGUUGAAAUGAGAACACCCAGGAAACAUUCCCAGCAUAGAGCAGGGUGCAUUGUAAAUGUUUGAUCAGUGUGAACCUGUAGAGUUAGGAACCGCGGUGUCUACCUCCCCAGGGCACUUGGAGAAGGAAAGGGAGGUGGGGGGAAGUACUUUCUAAGCUGUGAAUUGGUGUACACACUCUUCUCUUUCCUUUACAGCAGUUAGGUGCAUAACUUUAUGGUAUCUCCAAGGAAGGGGCCCGAGAAUAACUUACCUGUAUCCAUAGAAGGUAGUCAUGUGGAGGAAGCAGGGUUACCAUAGUUAGCUGGAAAAUAGGUGUAGCAUGCACUUAGGUGAGAGUCAGUGGCAGGCAAGUGAACAAACUCUAGUGUGAGAUGAUUUGGGGCCUGCCCAGGGGUGGGGAGACAGCUCAUUGUCAUAUGGAGGCUUUGGAGGAAGGGUGGUGUUACAUGGAACCUGCCCACUGUUGCAGGUGUCGGAUCUGAACUUGGAAAACCUCCCCACUAGGGGGAGCCAGCGCGCAUCUGCCCCUGCUGGGCAUGCACCUGUGAUGUCGUCGCUCAUCCCGUGGAGUGUAGGCCAAACCUGGCUCAGAGGUCUUUCCAGAGGCAUUCUCCUGUGAUCCUGACGGCAGCCCCAUAAACACUAGCACUACCCUAGUUUUGCAGGUAAGGGCUGGGAGUCUGGGAGGAAAGAGAAGUCCAUUGCCGAGGUCACACAGUUGACCUGUCAUGGCAUUGGGAUUCAGACAAGCAUCCAAGCCCUUAACCCACACCAAGCUGCCUCAGCCCACCAGAUGCCCGAUUGCUGGUCUUAAACCAGGAAGAAGAAAACCCCAACAGGUGAGGUUUUAGCACCUAAGUGUCCUCCUCUCUUGCCUUCGGGAACAAUCCUCGCUCUCCCAAGACCACUCCUGCUGCUCUGCACACUGCUUCCAGGGCUGUUUUCUCUGCUUAGCCCUUAAGUCAGGGCCCCGUGGGUCCCAUCCGGGACUCUGUUUUCUUUCUUUUGCACAAGUGAGAGAUCUGUCUUCUUUAGCCAGCAGCCUCAGCAACUGCUCAUCUCUCCUUCGAACCCAAGCUGCCCCUCUCAGCACCAGCCUGGUCAACCAGUUGCCUACCGACCUGGCCUCUGAGGUUUCAGGUUCCCCAACUGAUUGCGCACUCCCUUAACGCACCUAACCUCCUGGGUGCCCCCUUCCUGUGUCCCAUGGCCUCUUGAGUUUUGGAUGCUGGCGUCGUGGUGGGGGAGUCCAGGAAACCUUGAAAGACAAAGUCUCAUGAGUCAAAAGUUCUUGGGGGCUACAGAUGGGCUUCAGGGAAUCUUCUCUGAGGUGCCAGCAGUUUGGGAGUGACCCUGGAGAAUGGAAUGUUUUCAUCAUUUAAUCAUUCAGCUAUCUACUGAGUGCCCAGCCUAAGAGUAUGGUCACGGGUAGAGCAGUCCCCCAGUCAAACAGAUAGGAUCCCUGGCUUCAAGGGAACCUUCUAGACCCCCAGGGAAGAGUGACAUUAAGCCAACUUCCCAAAAGGCAAACUCUUUUUAAACUGUGAUAACUGGCAUGAAGGAAAAGUUCCGAAAGGAAUAUAAUAGCUCUAAAUUAGACCUGGGGAUAUUGGGGAAGGGGGAGACAAAGACAACCAUUUUGAGAAAGAGAAUUACUGUAUCCUUGAGACCUUAGAUGGGAGAAGAGCUUGGGAUGUUGGGAAAACUCAAGUGAACCCAUGGGGCUGGAACCAAGUGUGUCGGGAGAUGGGACUGGAAGGGCUGGACAGGGAUGGUGGCAGGGACCUUGUGGGCCAUGGUCAGAGACCAUUUCAAAGUGACCAGAAAGUCACAGGUAGUACAAAGGACAUCCUUUCCCCCGGGCUCACCUGUUGUUAACCUUGUAACCCCAUUUGCUUUUCGACCUGCUCUCUGUAUUUAACACGUAUACAUGUGAUUUUUAUUCAGAACUUUUUGAGGAUACAUUGCAUACGUCAUAUUCCCGUACCCCUAGAUACAGUGUGUUGUCUCCCACCAUAGUGCGGUUAUCCACUCCACUGAAUUUGACAUUGAUGCAAUAUGGUAGCUAGUGCACCACUUAACCUUGUCAAUUGUCUCAAUAAUGUGCUUUCUAUAACAUUUUCCCCUUUGGUACAAGAUCUGGUCUUGGGAUUCCAUGUUGGAUUACAUUGUCAUUUCUUCUGCAUAUCCUUUGACCUGGAGUAGUUUGCCUUUCUUUCUGCUUUAUGCCACGGGCAUUAUUGAAGAGUGUGGUCUUGCCACUUAUUUUAAUAGACUGGUCUCAUUGUGGAGGUUUCCACAGUUUGUUCACUGUUGUGUGUGAGCUGUGCAUUCCUGACUGGAAGAUGGCAUACGUGAUGGUGUGUUCUUCUCGGUGUACAAACUAGAGGCCCAGCAGUGUCUUACCUGUCCCUCUGUGGUGGUUUUAAUUCUGAUCACUGUGGUCUGAUGCCUCCUUCAGAGUUACGAUUUCCUCUGUGUCUAAUAAACAAUCUUUAAGGAGAGACUUUGAGACUGUGAAGACGACCCUGCUCCAAUCAGCAGUUGAAUAGAUGGUGUUUCACAUCUACUGAUGACCCCUGCCUCAAUAAACCUUUAUCUGUGAUGGUUACAAAGUGAUAAGUGUUCAAUUCCAGCACUCCCUCCAUGUGUAUUAUUAACACUUGACAUUCUUCACAACAUUUAUUUAUAAUUUACUGUUAAGAGGAACUCUUGAAUUUCUAUUAUUUUCUACAAUUUUAUAAUUAGUUAUUAACAUAUUAAAUUGCCCCAGAUCUGGCUAGUGGGAGCCCCUUGAAACUAGAAGCCUUGUCAUCUCCAGUGGAGUGAGUGGCAGGAUUCAACUUGCAUAUAGGACCAGUCUGACUGCCAUGCCUUGUGGACAUGCAAACAGGGAGGCGGGAAGCCCCCUCAGGAGGCUCUUGUGUAACCCAGAUGGGUGAUGUGGCUUAGACACAUGUAUGCCCAGAUAACAUACAGGACAGAGGGGACGGAGAGAUGUAAGAAACACUGGAGCGAGACUCAGCAGGACUUAGUGCAUUGAAUAGGUGAGUGGUUGGGAGAGAAGAACCAGGGAUGGCAGGGUGGCUGGGUGAAGCUGUAUGACACACACACACUUACAUAUAUAAAAUCCUGCAGCUGGUGAGAGAAGUCCAGGCUAGAAGUAAAUUUAGGCGCUUCCACAUGGAGAUGAUUUUGGACCCAUGGUCUUGAUCUAAGACACUACUGGGGUACAUGACUCCUGAAGGUGCUUACUCUGGGCACAGGUAGAGGCGUGUGGCAGGGGAAGGCAAUGCAGCCCGGGUGUCAGGCCAAAUCCUGAGCGCUGCGGGGGAGCCUUGUGGAGUUCUGAGUGGGGCAGUGAGUCUUCAGCAGUUGUGUUUUAUAAAGGUGGUUCUGACAGCCAAGGAGACUGACUUGGAGGGCCACAGGCAGCUUUGGAGGGAACGGCUAAUGCUGUUUCUUUCUAAAGUGAAUCUGCCUGUCUUUGCCCCUGGGAAUUGCUCAGCUGGGUUCCCAUGCCUGGAAUGCCUUCUCCUUGUUCAUCUGGGUGCACAAAAGCUGAUCAGAACACCUGUCUCCAGUGCACUUACCAGCCCCAAUUAAUGUGAUCGCAAACCCUCAUCUCCCUGCCUCAUUUUGGCUAGGGCCACACGCCUUGGUUCUGGGCCCUUUCCCCAGCCCAGGGCAGUGUAGCUGCAAGCAUGGGCCGGUCCCUGAGGUUGGCCGGAGUGGCUGGGGACCAUGAGCCUCUGCUCCUGUGCUUCAGGUUCAAUGUGGUCUCUGUCACCCAGACAACCACCCAUUCAAACCUGUAUCUUAUCCCCUCCGCAGAUGGGUUCAAGUGUGGAUGAACAGCCUAGUGUAUCUUCUCAGUGGUGGCGUUGUGAAAGAAACCCACCUACGAGGCGCCGACAGCCUGCUGGCAGACACAACCAAAGGCAGAAAUUUUAAGAGAGCAGGAGGGACAGAACCUGUAGGAGAAAGGAAUUGCAAGACUGUUCCUAGUUGGAGCAAUCAGGGUAGGUCCCUGGAGAAGGUGGCACUUGAGCUAGGCUUGAGGACAGAGAAAACUGUUUUCCAUUUCAUAAAAAAAAAAAAAAAAUUGAUUAGUCACCGAAAAAUAAGAAAAAAAUCAAAGCCUUACGUCCUCAUGUUUUAUUGACACCACCAGCACAGCCGUUAUUGGUUGCAUAAUAUUUCACCAGGCAGAUACUCUAUAGUUAGUCCUCCUGUUGUUGAAGUCUUUCAUUCCAAGCCUCACGACAUCAGCUUGGGGCCUGUGGCUGGGCAGUGGGGACAGAAGCAACACUGGGGACCGGAUGCUACUCAGGAAUCAGUGCUUGAGCCCAUCCAUUCUUCCAUUCAGCAAAUGUUUAUUUCUUUUAAGCAUUUAUUUGUUUAUUUGAAAGGCAGAUUGAAGAGGGAGAGGGAGAGGGAGAGAGAUGGAGGGAGAGGCAGAGAGAAUCUUCCAUCAGCUGGCUCACUUCCCAAAUGAUCACAACAGCUGGGCCUGGGCCAGGCCUAAGCGUGAGUCUCCUACGCAGAUGCAGGGCCCAAGCACUUGGGCUGUCCUCUGUUGCUUUCCCAGGUGCAUUAGCAGGGAGCUGGAUCAGAUGUGGAGCAGCUGGGACUCAAACCGGCGCCCAUAUGGGAUGCAGGGCACCGCAGUCAGCUACUUUACCCCUUACAUCACAGCGCUGGCCCCCUCAGCAAAUGUUUAUUAAGGACCCAACGCCUGUCACUCCCUGAGGAUACCGUGAGUAUUGACACAUGGUCUCUGUCCUGUCAAGCAAGGGAAGUAUGACUGGAAAGAAUUAGUCGUGGAGGGGCAGGCACUGUGGCACAGCAGGUUAAGCUCCCUCUUGGGAUGCCUGCAUCCCGAGGGCCUUGUUCGAGUCCCAACUACUCCACUUCUGAUCGAGCUUCCUAUUAAGGAAUCCUGGGAGGCAGUAGAUGAUGGCUCAAGUACUUAGGUUCCCACCAUCCAUCUGGGAGACCCGGCUGGAGUUCCUGGCUCUUGGCUUCUGGCUGUAGCCUGGCCCAGCCUUGGCUCUUGCAGUUGUUUAGGGAGUGAGCCAAUGGAUCUUUCUAUCUCUCUCUCUUCCUCUCUCUCUGUGUGUGCACGUGUGUGUGUGAGUGUAUCUUUCUCUCUUUCUCUGCCUUUCAAAUAAAUACUUUUUUUUUUUAUUUACAAAAAGAAUUAACAUGUAGUGGGCCACAGUGGGAGCACAGUUUGUACAGAAGGAAGUGGUGGUAUCUGGAGAAUAAAGCUGAAGGAAGCUGAAGCCCUGGGAGUCAAGGAGAAAACCAGGCGGAGCAGGAGCACUGAGAGCGAGCGAGGACGGAGCACCCGGGCGGGGACCAUGUUCCUGAGGGCACGGCUGCCUGCACAGGCAGAAGCACAUCCUACCUACUCUCAGGCUUUGGGGAGCUUGUUUUCCUGUUCCCGUCCUCCCUGUCUCCCAUUUUCAGGGGACUGCUGUUACAAUAUUUCCCAAAACCCCAACUUGCGUGCUUCAUUCAUUCAUUUAUUUUUCUCUCUUUUUGACACUAGAAGUAUUUUGUGCUAUUAAUUUACCUCUUCAUAUAGCUUUGGCUGUACCCUACUUUUAAAAAUUCUUUCCUAGUCUGGUUUUUAUUCUUGACUUCUUGUCCUAAGGGUAAUAUGAGAUGGUAAUAUGAUAUGUUUUUAAAUUUCUAAGCGGUGUGUUUUAUGUUAUUGUUAGUUGCAUUUUGAUCAGAGUGGCUUCUAGAAUUUCUACUUUUCAAAAUUUACCAAAAUUUUCUCCAUAGCUUAAUAUUUAUUGAAUUUUGUCACUGUUCAUGAAACUUGAAAAAUAGGCAUACCAUUUGUUUUCAGGGUAAAAAAAUUUAUAUGUUCAUAUUCAUAUCCUCUAUGUCUUUAUUUAUUUUUUGAUUACUUGUUCAGAAAAUGUGUUAGAAUAUUUACAAUAAAACUGUUUCUCAUGUU